AUGGUGCGGACGGCUUUUCGCCUGUUGACCGAGGACAAGAUUCCGACACGGCUUCUGUGCUUUUCCGACGAUAUGGACGGCAUGCGCAAGAUUCCGGAAAACGUUCCGGACCGUGCAGCGCUGGAGCCCUACCUGCAGAUGCCGCUCAGCACCGUCCCGAACCCCUUUGGCGGCGACUACGAGAGUUUUGCAGCGCACAACAACGCCAUGCUGCGCCGGUUCCUGGACACAUUCGGCUUUGACUAUGAAUUCGCAAGUGCGACCGAGUACUACAAAUCCGGAAAAUUUGACGAAGUGCUUGUCCGGGCGACCGAAAAGUAUCGGAAGAUCAUGGAUGUGAUGCUGCCGACACUCGGUGAGGAACGUCAGGCCACCUAUUCCCCAUUUCUGCCGAUCUCGCCGACCUCGGGCCGUGUUCUUUAUGUGCCCAUGAAAGACGUGAACCCCAGGGACGGGACGAUCACAUUUGACGAUGAAACCGGCGAGGAAAUCACCCUGUCCGUGACCGGCGGCAAGGUGAAGCUGCAGUGGAAACCGGAUUUCGGGAUGCGCUGGGCGGCUCUUGAUGUCGACUUCGAGAUGUUCGGCAAGGAUCACCAGACCAAUGCACCGAUCUAUGACAAGAUCUGCAACAUCCUGGGUGGCAAGGCUCCGGAGCACUACGUCUAUGAACUCUUCCUUGACGAAAACGGUGAGAAAAUCUCAAAGUCGAAGGGCAACGGUCUGUCGAUCGACGAAUGGCUGACUUAUGCGUCGCCGGAAAGUCUUGCGCUGUAUAAUUUUCAGAAGCCGAAAACAGCCAAGAAGCUCUAUUUCGAUGUCAUUCCGAAGGCCGUGGACGAAUACUAUACCUUCGUCCAGAAAUAUGAGCAGAUGCCGGUGGAGCAGAGACUUCAGAAUCCGGCCUGGCACAUCCAUUCCGGAAACAUUCCGAAGAUAGAUAUGCCGGUUCCCUUCGCCAUGCUGUUGAACCUUGUUUCCGCGUCGAAUGCGGAAAACAAAGAGGUGCUUUGGGCUUUCAUUUCCCGCUACGCGUCCGGCGUGACGGCCGAAACGCACCCGGAACUGGACGCGCUGGUUGGCUAUGCGAUCCGCUACUUCGAUGAUUUCGUCAAACCGACGAAAUCCUUCAAGGUUCCCGAUGACACCGAGCGCAUGGCGCUCGAACAGCUGGACGCAAAACUGGCCGGUCUUCCUGAGAAUGCGGAUGGGGCCGAAAUCCAGGACGCGGUCCUGGACGUUGCCCGCGCAAUCGAACGUUAUCAGGACCCGAAAAAGAAGGGGCCGGACGGCGGUCCUGGCGUGUCGGUGGCCUGGUUCUCCGCGCUCUACCAACUGCUUCUGGGGCAGGAGAAGGGCCCGCGUUUCGGGUCUUUCGUCGCCCUUUACGGCAUUGACGAAACACGCGAGAUGAUCCGCAAGGCAUUGGGCGGCGAACUGGCUGCUUGA